CCAGCAUGCUCGCCAGCCUCCUGUUCCUCGCGCCUCUCGCCCUCGCGUCGCCCUUGUACAAGCGCCAGAGCAACACCUACCCUGAACCUCUGCAGCGCGGUCCUCCUCCCAGGCAGCCCUGGAUCGACACGUACAACGCCGCCAAGGCGGCCGGCAAGAUCCCGUCGUUUGCGCCCGCUCGCCUCAACAGCGACGGCGUCCCGUUCUACUCGGGCGGCGUCGCAACCGACGACAAGGGCGUCUGCUCGUGGUCCCAGGCGCACUGCUUCGGCGACAACGACAUCUACGACGCGCCCGACGGCAUGUACGCCAUCAACUUUGACGACGGCCCCGUGCCGGCCUCGAUCCCGCUGUACAACUUCCUCGAGAAGGAGAACCAGACGGGCACGCACUUCCUCAUCGGCACCAACGUCGUCGACUACCCGGACGCGUUCAAGAAGGUCCUUGACAUCGGUGGCCACGUCGCCGUCCACACCUGGAGCCACCCUUACAUGACGACCAUGGACGACAUGCAGGUCCUCGGCGAGCUCGGCUGGACCGCUCAGGCCAUCUUCGACCACUCGAACGGCAUCGUCCCGGCCUUCUGGCGUCCUCCGUACGGCGACGCCGACGCUCGUGUUCGCGCCAUCGCCGAGGAGGUCUUUGGCCUCAAGCUCGUCGGCUGGAACCGCGACUCGAACGACUGGUGCCUGAACGAUAACCCGGGCUCGGCGUGCGCCGCCUACGGCCUGUCGGGCGCGUCAGACCUCGAGGCCGAGCUGCGUGGGUGGCAGACGGGCGCCAAGUCGCCCGGCUGCAUCGGCCUCGAGCACGAGACGGGCUCGCUCAUCGUCAACGCCUUCAUCUCGACGUAUCCGGGCAUCAAGCAGCACGGCUGGGACGCGAGGUGCGUCCCGGACCUGUUCAACCUCGACUGGUACCAGAACGGCAAGAACAACGACGGGCCGUUCGACACGUCGUUCGUCAUCGGCUCGGGCCCCGACUCGAACUCGACCUCGUCGGCCUCGUCGGCCACGAGCAGCGCGUCGUCGUCGGCCUCGACGGCGUCGGUCUCGAGCUCGGGCUCGGCGCGUGCGAGCUCGUCGGCGACCGUGUCGAGCGCCGGCGUCGCCGUCCCGAGCAAGGACGCGCAGGCGUCGACGGACAAGGACUCGGGCGCCAGCGCGCUGUCGCGCUCGUCGCUCGCCGGCAGUGUCGCCGUUGUCGGGCUCGUCGCCGUCGCCGCUCUCGCUUAAAGGGCCUGUAUCUCGCCCCUCGUGUCACCUUUCCUCCUCUCUCUCCCCGUCUCUCCUUCAUUCGCCCUUCCUUAGCUGUGCAUAGAGGACCACCCCGUUACACUCCCUUCGUCGACGUACCUCCUGGACUCGCAUAUAUACCCCCGUCACGCCUUUCUCUCGUCGCUUCCGCAGUGGACGUUGUCGAGCACGCCUCCUUCCCCUCCCCCUCUCCCUCUCGGGCAAAGACACUUCCCCUCUCUCCUUCCCUCCCUCGCUGGAACACUGUCUCGUGGCACGACGUG